AUGGUGAGAUUUGAAGUGAUUGAGAAGAUUGGUCCUGAUGUUAAGUGUCGAUGUACUGACCCUGGAUUGUUGCUUCCUCGAGCUAACUUGACUUUUUGGAGAGAUGGAAGUCUUGUACGAGAGCGUAAUGCUAUGCUUCCAACGAUUUCUUCCAAGGACUGGUUGGAUAUUGAUUUUGGUAUUGCUGAAGGUGUGGAUUUCAUUGCUAUAUCGUUUGUCAAGUCGGCUGAAGUCAUUAAUCAUCUUAAAAGUUAUCUUGCUGCUCGUUCUCAUGGAGAGGACAUAGGAGUGAUUGCAAAGAUCGAGAGUAUUGAUUCACUGACAAACUUGGAAGAAAUUAUACUGGCAUCAGAUGGAGCCAUGGUUGCAAGAGGAGAUUUGGGAGCUCAGAUACCUCUUGAGCAAGUUCCAGCAGCUCAGCAGAAAAUCGUUCAAGUCUGCAGAGCGCUUAACAAACCCGUCAUCGUCGCUUCACAGCUACUUGAGUCCAUGAUUGAGUACCCAACUCCAACCAGAGCAGAAGUAGCCGAUGUGUCUGAAGCAGUAAGGCAAAGAUCAGACGCUUUAAUGCUCUCUGGAGAAUCAGCUAUGGGCCAAUUCCCGGACAAGGCUCUUGCUGUUCUGAGGAGUGUUAGUCUAAGAAUCGAAAGAUGGUGGAGGGAAGAGGAACGCUACGAGUCUACGCCACUUCAAGCCAUAGGCUCUACCUUUUCCGACAAAAUAUCUGAAGAGAUCUGUAACUCUGCUGCUAAAAUGGCUAACAAUCUUGGAGUGGACGCGGUUUUCGUCUACACAAAGAGCGGACACAUGGCGUCUUUAGUCUCCCGGUGUCGCCCAGACUGUCCGAUCUUUGCUUUCACGACCACAACCUCGGUAAGAAGACGCUUAAACCUACAAUGGGGACUUAUCCCUUUCCGUCUAAGCUUCUCAGACGACAUGGAAAGCAACUUGAACAAAACAUUCUCGUUACUUAAAUCAAGAGGUAUGAUCAAAUCCGGUGACCUUGUGAUCGCAGUCUCGGACAUGUUGCAAUCGAUCCAGGUAAUGAACGUCCCGUAG